AUGCAAAUCCGCACCGCACUCGCACCUCUCCUCUGUCUCUCCCUCAUCGUCGCCGCAUCACCACCACCACCACCAGCAGCACCACCUGAGCACCAUGCCGACACCGACGCGGUACCGCUACACAUCCCCCUCGUCCCACGCCACGUCGCACCAUCCAACGACGCCCACAACCACGAUGCAGCCGUAGACUGGAACCAGCUCCACAGAAAGGCGCUCCACCUCUCGACCCGCUACUCCGAUGCCCCCAACCAGCACCUACAGCCUAGCCAGCAGGGCCAGCUUGUCCAACGCGGCCCGCCACAGCGCCACGCCAGAACCAACAAGGCCAGCCACGCUCCCGCCCAUCACCAUCAGCACCACCAACAGCAGCAGCAGCACCACGACGACCACCCUGCCGCACCACCAUCACCACCCACCAAGAACCGCAUGGCCAUCACCGACCCGUCAUCGCCGCCGCCGUCCAAGGGCACCACGUCGGCGCUCUCGCUGCAAAACGUCUACCAGGACGGCAUGGACCAAGAGUACCUCGCCACCGUCCGCAUCGGCACCCCCGGCGUCGACUUCCGCAUGGUGCCCGACUCGGGCUCCUCGGACACCUGGCUCGCCGCCGCGUCGUGCUCGGCGCCCAGCUGCGCCGGCGUAAAGCGCACCCGCUUCGACCCGACGCGCUCCUCGUCCUACUCUUCGCUCCAACGCGACUUUUCCCUCUCCUACGGCAUCGGCAAGGUGUCCGGCUCGCUCUUCCGCGACGUCGUCGCCUUCCCCUCGUCGUCGUCGUCGUCUGGCGGCGGCGGUGGUGGUGGUGGUGGUGGUGGAGGAGGAGGAGGUCCGGGUGGGGCGACGCCGCCGACGGUGAACACGACGUUGGGGAUGACGACGACCCUCUCUUCCGACUGGGCAAAGGACGCGUCGGACGGCAUCCUCGGGCUCGGCUUCCGCAAGAUUUCGGCAGAGGGCACGGUGCCCGUCUUUGACAGCCUGACCCGCCAGCACCAGGUGGCGGCGUCGCAGAUCGCUUUCGCCUUUGGACGCCGGCGCGACGGCACCGAGGCCAAGUCCGAGAUGGUCGUCGGCGGCACCAAUCCGGCCAAGAUCCGCGGCGACAUCCACUGGUUCCCCGUGGACCGACGCGGGUACUGGCAGUUUGCCAUCCGCGGGUUGGGCGUCGGCGAUGGUCCACUUGUCCAGCCCGGCGACAGCGACGGCAAGGGCGAGGGCAAGCGCGAUGGCGCCGGAGGAGGAGGGGGAGGAGGAGAGGGGGGCAAGGACGAAGCGACAAUCUCAGCCAUCGUGGAUACGGGGACGUCGCUCAUCGCCCUCUCGCGCGGGAUGGCAUCGGCAUUCUGGUCGCGGAUCCCGGGCGCGACGCUGCACCGGGACACGCAGUACUACACCUACCCGUGCGCCACCUCGAUAGGGGCCUACAUUGAAACGGGGGAUGGACGACGGUGGUCGAUUGACGAUGUCGAUCUCAACCUGGGUCGUGUAUCGCGCGGUUCGGAUCGAUGCAUCGGCGGCAUCCUCGUCGCUGACUCCGUCGCCGACCGAAUCGUACUCGGCCUUGCGUUUCUCAAAAACGUCUAUACCGUCCUCGACCGCGAGGCUGCCCAGCCACGCAUUGGCUUGGCCAGUGUCAACCUGUAG